CUUCUUCAGGAACACUCCUCCAUGAGAGGAAUUAAAGAAAACAGCUCAGCACAAUGUUCCUCAACAGAGACGCUGAUCCAAGUAAAGAUGACGAUGAGACCAAUUUUCCCAGGUGUUCGAUGCCAGAAUUAUAUGCACUUGCUGAGAAUUUUAAUAAGGAAAGCAAGAAAUUGAAUCGCCUGAAAGUUCUUGGUAUUUCACCAGGUGAAUCCCAGAAAAUACUUGAUGACAACCUGAAAACCGUGUCAUUCACCAGCAGAAGUGAUUUGAGAGACGCUCCCCAACCUGUUUUCACGUGGAAGGUGGUUAGAAAAGACGAAGAGAAGCCAGUAUCGAUGACCGAACUCCUGCACCGCAGCCUACUGACCGGCUCCCUCUCUCAGAUAGACAAGCUCUGGAAAUCCCAGCAGAGGCUCGCUCGCUAUGGGAUCCCCCCUCCCUCGCACACUUUCCCUUACGACAUCCUCCUCGACGGCACCACGUAUUCGGCCACCGCAUGGAAGAAGACCUCGCGUCCCAGAAAGUUAUCCAAGCUGGGCAUUACCCACAUCAAGCCAGAAAAGUUUAUCUUUGAAGAUAGAAUUUCCGAAUACUUAUUAGUUGAACCAGAAAAACAAUUUAUGGAUCUAAGGGAUCUAGAAUGGAAAUAUUAUAAGGGGAUCACGAAGUGGGCACGCAAAACUUCAGAUUCAUAUGCAAAAAUAAAGUACAACAGUGAGAAGAGGUUUGUAGAGAGCAAGGAGAUGCCUGGUUCUAUUUCCCCCUCUCUAGUUCGUAGGUCUUUGGUCAUUUAUCCUCUAAUUGAUUAUCCACAAAAUGUGCCAUCUACUUCUGAAGUGGAAUAUGUAGUUUAUGAAAAUAUUUUGCAUGUAGAUUUUGGUUCUGAGAAUACUGAAAUUACAAACAAAAAGUAA